AUGUUACCGACUAUUCAGGCAGAAAUCCUGGGACCACAGAAGGUCAAGAAACAGGCUAAUAUGUUACUAGACACUGGUGCUCAAAUCAGUUUAAUACGGACAUCAGUCGCUGAGGGCUGGGUCUCAAAGGCAAGGUGUCACAGUAACAAUGGCGAAAGUUGGAGGAGAAGAAUGAGAUUAUGUGUCAACAAAGAUGUAUCGAUUCCAAAUUCGAUCCUCGAGAACCAGUCCAUCCACACAAUUGCAGCUGUGGGAAUCCCAAGUAUCAGUGGUGAUAUUUCCGGAAUGAAACUUGAUGGCAUAGCUGAAGCUUUCAACCUUGAAAGAGAGAAAUUACGAAGAGAGAAUGGUCCAAUAGAUGUCCUGUUGGGAAUUGAUCAACCGAAGUUGCACACUGGUGAGACAAAAGAAGCUGGUAAUCUUGUUGCAAGAUAUUCGCCAUUGGGAUGGGUUGUCUUUGGAGCCACGUCUGAAAAGUGUGACGUCAGUCAAGUCUACCAUGUCAAGUGUUCAAAUCCCAUCGAUAUGACCGACUUUUGGACCACCGAAUCAAUGGGCGUGGAAGGGAAUAUGUGUUCUUGUGAAAGCAAGAAGUUAAGUCCAGUUGAAGCCUACGAAGCCAAGAUUAUAGAACAAUCCUGCAAAAAGAUUGGUAAUAAAUGGUUAGUUUCAUACCCCUGGGUCAAAGAUGCAUCUGAAUUACCGGAUAACAGAAGCCAAGCGGAGAAGAAAUUGGAAACAACCGAGCGUCGAUUAGCCAAGAACCCAGAUCAUGCAGAAGCGUAUGACAAGCAGAUGAGGGAAAUGAGUGAAAUGAACUUCUCUCGAAAAUUAUCAAGUGAAGAAUUAAAGUCAUACAAGGGACCAACCCACUACAUAUCCCACCAUGAGGUAGUCAGACCCGAGAAGAAGAGCACCCCCAUCCGAAUUGUUUUCAAUUCCUCAGCAUCGUAUAAAGGGCACCGCUUAAAUGAUUACUGGAUGAAAGGACCCGAUUUACUAAAUCUGUUUGGAGUUCUCCUACGAUUUCGAGAAAAUGAAGUGGCUAUCAACGCGGAUAUAUCCAAGAUGUAUCACAGAAUCCUAAUCCCGGAAAGAGAUCAACAUGUUCACCGAUACCUGUGGAGAAACAUGGAUACGGAUCGAGAACCUGAUGUUUAUGUCAAAACAGUCUUGACAUUUGGUGACAAACCAGCCCCAGCCAUGGCACAGACCGCGCUGCAAAAGACUGCUGAAGAAGGAGAAAAACGCUACCCUGCAGCUGCUGAAGUCUUAAAGAAGAAUACUUACAUGGACGACAUAUGCGAUUCGGUCCAUUCUGAAAAUCAAGCAAGAAAAAUAACAGCAGAGAUUGACGAAAUCCUUCGCAACGGUGGUUUUAACGUGAAGUGUUGGCUCUCAAACCGGUCAUUAAAGAAGAAUGAUGAAAGCGUUAUUGAAAAAAGUGAAUUGGAAUUAAAGCUCCUACAAGGCCCAGUUGAAGAGAAAGUUUUGGGAACUGUCUGGAACCACCACGACGACGUUUUUGGGUUCAAAGUGAUUCCUCCUGAACUAGUUAAACUUACGAAGAGAGCAAUACUAAGCCAAGUAGCUCGGAUCUACGAUCCUCUAGGAGUAGCUGCAGCUUUCCUGAUUCGCGCCAAAAUAGAGAUGCAAAAACUGUGGUUAGAAGGACUACAAUGGGAUGAUGAAUUGCCGCCGAAUCUCCAAAUAACGUGGAUACGAUUCUUCCAAGAGAUGAACGACCUGAACAACGUCACCUUCGAAAGGUCUCUUACGCCAGAUUCCGUGAUCGGAGCGCCAGUACUAUGCAUUUUCUCGGACGCAUCGAUUGAAGCCUUCGGAGCAUGUGCUUACAUCAGAUGGGAGACAGAAAACAACACCUUUGUAACCAGGUUCAUCGCAGCAAAGUCAAGAGUAGCCCCACUGAAGUCGCUGACCAUACCUCGUUUAGAGCUACAAGCAGCUGUCCUGGCGACACGAUUAUGUUGUUCUAUUCUCGAAGAGUCUCGAAUGAAGUUUGUGAAGAUAAUUUUCUUCUCUGACAGCCACAUUGUUCUUUCAUGGAUCCGUAACCAACCCAGAGAGUUUAAGCCGUUCGUUUCAGCCCGAAUUGCCGAAAUCCAGAGCAAGUCUGAACCAGAUCAGUGGAGACACGUUCCUGGAGAGCUAAAUGUCGCUGAUGAUGUGUCGCGAGGAAUACCUGCUCUGCAACUGACAGGCAGAUGGAAGUAUGGCCCCGAGUUUCUGAAGUUACCGGAGGAAGAAUGGCCGAGCGAGUCGUCUUCUGCUACCAUCACUAAAAGCGUGGAUAUCGAUCAGUCUGAACGUCGAAAAGUUCAACCUGUCUUUCAAGUAACCCAAUCGCCAGAAGUCAUUCCGUGCAAGAAGUUUUCCAGUUGGGGGAAACUUAUCCGAGUCACAGCCUAUGUGUUACGGUUCAUCAACACGCUACGAAACAAGCAUCAAAACAAAGACAACACAGAAACGACCCGACCGAAAGACACCUCAGAUGAUAGAUCAAUCUCAGCAAAGGAGUUAGAAGAUGCCGAGUUGUAUUGGGUCAAACAAAGUCAGAAGUCACUUCAUGAUCGCCUGAAAAAGGGAGAACUGAAAGGACUCACCCCGUUUACCGAUGACAACGGAGUUAUCAGAGUCGGAGGUCGAGUAAGCGAAGCCGUAAUCUCGUACGAUGCCAAACAUCCAGUUUUACUCCCACGUGAACACUGGAUAUCCCUGCUGAUCACUCGUAACUUCCAUCGAAACGGCCACUCAGGAGUUGCAACAACCGUUGCAAAGAUCAAGAAAAAGUUUUGGAUUAUCCGAUGUCAUGAUCUUGCCAAGUCAAUAAAGUUCCGAUGCGUAUGUUGUCGCCGAAUCCAAGCCAAAACCGAGGAGCAGUUCAUGUCAGACCUACCAAUUACCCGACUGGAGCCAUUCACACCACCCUUUCAUCGCACGGCAUGCGAUUACUUCGGUCCUUACCAAGUUAAAAUUGGCCGAAACAAAACAACCAAACACUAUGGCGUACUGUUUACAUGUCUGAAUACUCGUGCCGUACACCUGGAAAUCGCAGUGGACUAUUCCGCUAUGGAAUUCUUGCAAACCUUACGUCGAUUUUUCGCAAUCCGUGGACAACCGGCUCUGAUGAUCAGUGACAACGGGACGCAGCUGGUGGGAGCUCAACGUGAACUCCGAGAAAUGAUAGAAGGAUGGAACGAGAAAGAGUUGAAGGAAUUCAGCGCCGAGAAAGGAAUGGAGUGGAGAUUUAUUACUCCUGCAGCACCACAUCAUAACGGUUGUGCUGAGGCUCUUGUCAAGAGUUCGAAGAAAGCAUUAAAGAUCGCGAUUGGUGAACAAAUUUUGGCUCCGUUCGAGCUGUACACAUGCUUGCUGGAAGUUAGUAACCUGAUUAAUCAGCGUCCUAUUGGAAGGAUCCCCAAUGAUCCAGAUGACGGUUCUUUCCUUUGUCCAAACGACAUUUUACUUGGUCGAGCAUCAACAAUGGUACCACAAGGGCCAUUCAGAGAAACGAAGAAUCCUCAACAUCGUGUUGAAUUUGUCCAGAAGAUCAUCGAUAGUUUUUGGAAGCGUUGGAGCAGAGAUGUAUUUCCCACCUUAGUUCCCAGAAAGAAAUGGACUACUGAAAAAAGAAAUGUACGAGUGGAUGACAUCGUCGUGGUUCAAGAUACGAAUGCGAUUCGUGGAAACUGGACUACGGGCAGAAUUGUUAAUGUAUAUCCUGGAAAUGACGGACGAAUUCGUAACGUUAAGGUGAAGACAUCCACAUCGCACUACGAAAGACCUAUUACAAAAGUCGCAGUACUGUACCCUGCAGAAGGAUAUGAAUAUAAGUAA